UGCGCCAUCCCAGGGAUGUGACUUCCCCGGACACUCCUAUGAAUAUGCAAUCAUCUGAAUUCUGAACCACUAGCAUAUAUUUUAGUGAUUUUGAAAUGUAGCUACAUUGCCUUUGAUUGAGAAAUAUUGGAUAAUUUAAAGCAGAAAGUUGACAAACUUUCCCGUUGAAGUCUCAAACCAAGCUGUAUUCUAUGUGUGAUUCAACCUUUGUGGCGACCCCAGAACUCAAUCUUUUGUCUAAAUUGCAAAGUAACCGUGCUGAUGAAAUUAUAUGGUAUACCCUUUGAAGAAUGUUGGUCAUAGAACAUGGGACAAACGAGUUACUUUCAAAGUCUCUCUUUUCACACACCUAUGUGUUAUUAUAUUACAGGAUUUGUCCCUAUCUGCAUGACCAAGCAGCAUGUAUAUAUAGACACCAAGCACAGUGGUUUCAAGCUUACAGCUAUUGUGAUCGAUAAUAUCGGUACCUGAUUGAUACAUUUCCUAGGUUGUUCCUCCGGUGGCAUCAUACACUUUCAUGUUCAUGGGCAAAGAUGCUAAUUCAGAAAUCCAACUCCCUCCUGGAUUUAGAUUCCACCCUUCUGACGAGGAGUUAAUUGUUCACUACCUGAGAAACAAAGUGACAUCAUCACCCCUUCCUGCUUCAUUCAUAGCAGAAAUAGAUCUUUACAAGUAUAAUCCAUGGGAGCUCACAAGCAAAGCUUUGUUUGGGGAGGAUGAAUGGUAUUUCUUUACUCCUAGGGACAGGAAGUAUCCCAAUGGAGUGAGGCCUAAUAGAGCAGCUGCUUCAGGUUAUUGGAAGGCUACUGGAACUGACAAACCCAUUUUCACUUCUUGUGGGAUGAAGAGCAUUGGAGUGAAGAAGGCCCUUGUCUUCUACAAGGGUCGUCCUCCAAAAGGAUCUAAAACAGACUGGAUCAUGCAUGAGUAUCGGUUGCAUGAUUCCAUGAUCUCCAAUAAAAAGCAAAGAGGGUCCAUGAGACUUGAUGAGUGGGUGCUGUGCCGGGUUAGACAAAAGACUAUCAACCCAAGAAGCAUUUGGGAAGACUCAAAUGAAGUUGUUUAUGAACCAACAAGCCACUUUCAACAACUGAGUGAGAACUCAAAUCCUGAACCAGACAAAAACACUCUGCAGAAUGAACAUCCAAUGUUACCUUAUAUUCUGGCUUCUAAGAGUGCUACGCCUAAUUCUAUUGGCAUGGCCUCAAGCUCGGGCUUUGGUUGUAAUGAUGAAUUAAAAACAUAUGCUUCAUUGCUUGAUGACAAUUUGAAUAUAAUAAUUGGAGCACAGUUCAUGGCACCUGUAGCUGAGGGCUUGUUCAAUCCACUGAAGAGAAAAAACAUUGAGGAAAAUGAGUUGGACCUGUAUGCUCCUCUCGAUAAAAAACUAAGGGAAGAAGUUGAUGUUGGGAAACAAAGACUUGAGAAAGAUGAAAACAAAGGGUUCAAUUUCAAUAACUUUGACCAGUGGAGUUCCAUCAUACAACCUCAAGAGCUUAAUAGCUUAGCCUUUACGAAAUAUACGUGAAUAUAUAUGUAGUUUAGGUGCAUGUACGUGCUUGUUUGUGUGCAUACGUAUAUAGAACCUAGGAGCUCUUUCUGCAUGGGAUGGGGGGAAUAGUGAAUUCUAUAUAUGUAAAUAAGAACGAAAGCAUUCUGUUAGUGAAGUGUGUGACUAUUCUUUUCAGUAAGCAGAAAUGUACAAAGCUGAAAAGGUAGGGUUAUAGGAUAUUAUUUCAGCUGUGGGUAUAGGUACUGGAUAUAUAUAUGAGAGAGAGAAUAAAGUGGCAUCAUAGUGGAAUUGAAUUGGUGAUUCAUGAUUGUAUGAUGCUUUGAAAUUAAUUAUGGAAAUUGAAGUAUUUACUGUAAA